AUGGGCGCUGAAAAAUCCUCCAUGGCCAUCUCCACUAGAGACAGAGAUCGAGAGCUUCUCAUUCCCGUAGCCGCCGUCGAAGGCCCCGCCGCCCCUUCCUCCAUGCCGUCCUCGUCGUCUUCUUCGUCGUUGUCUGUCCCGCAUCAUGCUGGACGCGAGACUUUUUACAAAGUUUUUAGAAGCUGGGCAUCAAAAAAGUUCAUGUCAGGAUGUGUCAUUCUCUUUCCAAUUGCUAUCACCUUCUAUAUAACAUGGUGGUUUAUUCAUUUUGUGGAUGGAUUUUUCUCUCCUAUCUAUGCUCAACUUGGAAUUAAUAUUUUUGGUCUUGGAUUCAUAACUUCCAUAACUUUCAUCUUCUUGGUUGGGGUUUUCAUGUCAUCAUGGUUGGGUGCAUCUGUCCUGGGUCUUGGGGAGUGGUUUAUCAAGCGAAUGCCACUUGUUCGUCAUAUUUAUAAUGCCUCCAAGCAGAUCAGUGCAGCUAUCUCUCCAGAUCAAAAUACACAAGCAUUCAAAGAAGUAGCCAUCAUUCGGCAUCCACGUAUUGGAGAAUAUGCAUUUGGAUUCAUCACCUCAUUUGUUACCCUUCAGAACUAUUCUGGAGAUGAGCAGUUAUGUUGUGUCUAUGUUCCGACAAAUCAUCUUUAUAUUGGCGAUAUAUUUCUCGUCAACACCAAUGAUGUCAUUAGACCAAACUUGUCAGUUCGUGAAGGAAUUGAAAUUGUUGUUUCGGGAGGCAUGUCAAUGCCACAAAUCCUAUCAACGAUUGAUUCACGCGUCAUACCAGGGGAAAUAAGUAGAAUCAUCAGAAGCUGA